UUGUCAGCUCAGUGCAAGAACCUCUGUGCUGAGCUGCACAUGCAAUGCACAGGAGCCAAAGAGCAGAGAGCAGAAAUAACACACUGCUGCACAUCAGCACCAACACACUAGAAUCACAGCACUGAAAGCCAGCGAAAUGGUCUGACUGGAGAGGCAGAAGAGGCUGAAGACACACCACAGGAGGUGAACUCGCUAAACAAAAACUGGCAGAAGGCGAAAAGAGUCCAAAAUAAGAGCAACAGGCCUGAACCGGAAGCCUCAUGGCCACCAACAACACUGCUAGCAUUGCUCAGGCUCGCAAACUGGUGGAGCAGCUCAAGAUGGAGGCCAAUAUUGACCGGAUAAAGGUCUCCAAAGCAGCAGCAGAUCUGACAUCAUACUGCGAAGCCCAUGCUAAAGAGGAUCCUCUGCUGUCCCCCGUGCCUGCGUCCGAGAACCCCUUCAGGGAGAAGAAGUUCUUCUGUGCCAUCCUGUAACCAGCGCUGCCCAUCCAUGGACACACCUGCUCCCUCUGGGACACACUCAUGGACAUAAAACAUGUUGAUCUUUUAAAAGGGCUGGAGAGAUGCAGUGGAGAACCCUUAAAUUCUCCCAGCUCUCUAUGAGCCUCCAUUAAAGCCACUGACUCCACCUAGUGGCCUUGAGAUCCAAAGCUGAGCAUGGUUACAAGAAUCUGUUGAAAUUCGUAAGGGAGCGCAGCAAAAAAACACAAGUGACUGUCAUUGUAGCAGAUCAGCCAGGAUGUGUUGUGAAAAUAUUCAAGUAUUCAAAGGUUUCUGUGGUUCUGAUGAGGUAUUCAAUUUUUUUCUUUGUUGAUUUUUAGUGGGCUGUGAUCGUUAAUCUGAUCACUGAUCUUAGAACCCAUGGAUUACUAAAGUUGCUGUGAUAUUGCUUUAUUUUCUUUUCAAUAAACUUUUUUUCCCCAGAUGGAAGUGUGAUAUGCCUACCAUUUAGGUAGCGUUCUGUAGCCAUUUUGUGGGUACAGCAAAACUUUUCUUUUUUAAUUUAAAGAAUGACAGUUUAGUGAAAUUUUCUAAUGCUUGGACAGAUAUUCUUAAAAUGAAAUACCUAUCUUUUAGAUGCUGAUAAAAAUUAUUUGUCUGUACAGCAAACUGAUUUUCUUUCUUUUUUUUUUUUGUUGGGUCUUAAGCAUAGUUCUCUUUUUACUCUUUGUACAAAAAUGUUAGCAAGUGUGUUGUGCUAUAUGUUUUGGAUAUUUGUGGUGAUAUCAAUAAUAACUGCAUGAAGCCUGA